AUGGAGGAUCAGCUGGUGCAGCUCCUCGCGAAUACGCAACUCCCUGACCAGGGACCUCGACAACAGGCCGAAAUCGAGCUGAAGCGUGUCCGGACGAAUCCCGCAUACCCUGUCUCUUUGGCCAAGAUUGCCUCUCACGCCUCCGUCAGCACUGCUGUUCGUCAGUCCGCCCUGACCUCACUGAGACAGUUCAUCGAGAACAACUGGGCAGUGGGAGACCAGGAUGAAGAGCCCAUAGUUCCCAUAGCCGACGACACCAGGGCUAUUUUAAGGCAGUCCUUGCUGGACUUGGCGCUGAACCAAGAAGACGACCGAAAAGUCAAGAUAUCAGCCAGUUAUGCGGUAGGCAAAAUUGCCAUUCACGAUUUCCCCGAUCAAUGGCCCAGCCUGUUACCUACCAUCCUCAGUACUAUCCCUUCCGGGUCCGACGCCCAGCUACACGGAGCCCUUCGCGUUCUCGGCGACUUGGUAGAGGAAAGCCUGAGCGAAGACCAGUUCCUCUCCAUGGCUAGAGAUAUUGCCAACGCCUUGACCGAGGUGGCGUUGAACGACAAUCGCAAACCCAUGCUCCGGGCCUUGGCUAUUUCUGUCUUCCGGUCGUGCUUUGACUUGAUGAACAUGGCCAAGGAUGACCACGCCAAAGAGGUUAAGGGCUUCGCUGAAGAAAUUCUUGCCCGAUGGAACCCCUUCUUCAUGACUGUCCUCAAGACCCGCUUGCCAGAUGCGGACCUGAGCGAGGGUAGCCAGCCGGAUAGCUGGAACCACAUGGUAGCCCUGAAGGUGCAGGUUGUGAAAGCGCUGCUGCGAAUUCGCAAGGUCUUUCCAAACCUGCUUCUCCCCCAAAGCACAUCGCUCUUCAGCGCGGUGUGGGAGGAACUCAACCAUUUGCAGGCCCCGCACGAAGAACUCUACAUCAAUACGAAUGCGCAGGGUCGCCUGGAGGAUUCCGAUAACUUGCCUUACACGCUCGACUAUCUUGUUCUGGAAGAGCUUGACUUUCUGAACCAGUGUUUCAGGUCUCCCACAGUAAAAGCCGAGCUGGACGGGCAGCUGCAGGCCCAACCCUGCGCCUACGAUGUCCCGUGGAUGGUUGAGAUUAUGAAGAUGCUCGUCAGCUUCGCCCGAGUUACCCAAGAGGAGGAGGAGCUUUGGGACAUUGACUGCUCUCUUUAUCUGGCCGAGGAAACAUCUGUCACUGCUAACUACACCGCCAGGACUGCGGCUGGAGACCUGUUGAUCAAGAUGGGCGAGUGGUUCAACGAAAAGGCCGUGGAUGGGCUCUUUGGCUUCACAAAAACCCUCUUUCCUGGCGAUGCAUCUGUCUGGCGAAGUCAAGAAUCCGCUCUUUUCCUCUUCACCAUGCUCCUGAGCGACUUUCAAGAUUUGAACAAGACCGUCCCCGAUGCUGUGGCCAGUGCAUGUUUGGAGCUGGUAGAUUACACCAUCAACAAACCCGACGAGCCCCUCCUUCGCGCUCGCGGCUACCUCGUCGCCGGCAUCAUUGGCCGCUCUUUCCCAACCCCCCCGGAGCUUUUGAAUCGCAUGAUUCACGCAAUCACGAAUGAGGAGUCCGAGGUGGUCCAGGUAGCCUGCAUCAAGGCCAUUGAGGGUCUGAUAAACUCUGGUCGAGUCGCUUCUGAUCGGCAAUUCCCCAUUAUCACAUCCAUCCAAUCGUACAUGAACGGCAAGGAUCCUGCUGAGAUGGAGGAGGCGGAUGAGCUCCUGGUUGUUCUGGCAGAGUCUUUGCGCGCAGCCAUCGGCCUAGACACCAAAAUCGCCCUCUCUGCCGACAUCCAGUCCACCGACUUGUUAUUUUUGCUCGCCAAGCUUGGCGCCAGUAACUUUCAAGUUACCAUGCUCGUCUCGGAAGCCUUUGAGGAGAUUGUUGGCAGUCUCUCGGACAAGGAGUCUUUCAAGGCACUAUGUGGCCGUACCCUGCCUACACUGACCGGAGCCUUUGACGUGGCGAAUGUGACCGAGGACAACCCGCUCGUGACUGUUGCUACCGAGCUUCUGGUUGUGCUUUCUGAACACGGGUCGGAGCCGCUACCCGACGGCUUCGUGGCUGCCGUCCUUCCCAAGUUGAACCGUCUUCUGAUGGAGUCAAACGAAGGGGAGGUUCUCCGUCCCGGCUCCGAGGCUGUCAAGUGGAUCCUUUCUCACGAUCACCAACAAGUCUUCAACUGGCAAGAUGCCAACGGCCGAUCCGGCCUCGAGGUCUGCUUGCACAUUGUUGACCGCCUGCUCGGCCCUUCCAUCGAAGACAAUUCAGCUUCCGAGGUCGGCGGCCUGGCUGCAGAGCUCGUCGAGAAAGCUGGCCAGGACCGCCUCGGCCCUUUCCUGCCCCAGCUGCUGCAGGCUGUGGCGAAUCGAUUGGCGACUGCUCAGGCUGCCGCCUUUAUCCAGUCGUUGAUACUCGUCUUUGCACGCCUAUCUCUGAUUGGAGCACAGGAUGUUGUCGAGUUUCUCGGCCAAAUUCAGAUCAAUGGAGAGAGUGGGUUGCAGGUUGUUCUUGCCAAGUGGUUGGAGAACUCUGUCAGCUUUGCCGGCUACGAUGAGAUCAGACAAAAUGUCAUUGCUCUGUCGAAAGUAUACGGGCUCAACGACCCUCGUCUGUCUCAGAUUACGGUGAAGGGCGACUUGAUUGUUGGUCCUGAUGACGGCAGAAUCAAGACUCGAUCACGAGCGAAGCAGAAUCCUGACCAGUACACCAUCAUCCCCGCACCGCUCAAGAUCAUAAAGGUUCUGAUUGAAGAGCUUGCUUCUGCUUCGGGGGCCGGCGCGGCCGCUAAUGCCGCGGCUGCAGCCAUGGCCGCAACCGAUUUCGACGAAGACGACGCCGAGGACGGGUGGGAAGACGACGAUGACACCCUCGACCUCAGCCUGGCUUCCGCCAAGGCCGACCUCAUGUCGUUCAUGGAAGGAGGUCCCCAGCGGCGUCCUGAUGACGAAACUCACUCGUACCUGACGGAAUUCUUUGUUCAAUGUGGCCGCGAAAACGUAGCCAACUUCCAGGACUGGUACGGCAUGCUCUCUGAGGACGAGAAGGUCAGGCUCAACCAAGUUGCCUUCUCUGCUGGGCGUUGA